CCUGUAUGUACAAUAGCGCAUGAGUUUGUUUACGAAUUACGGUAGCGAUGCUGAUCUAAUAGCUAUAUAUUUGCUUUUUGCGUUGUUAAGUCAGCGUGGGUCAUUUCUGCAUUAUUUUCCAUGCAAUACAUGCGACAAAAAUACACCGCGGAUACAUAAAUCAUCUCUUGUUGAUUACGAAACAGAUCUAGAACAAAUCAUUUUCCUAUCAUCAUCGAUCUUCACUCAUCGACAUGCCUCCGAAGGUAGCAGGUAAGAAGGGGGAGAAGAAGGCGGCUCCAACCCGGGCGGGCAAAAAAUCAACUGCAGGUUCCUCUCAAAAGAAGGCCGGACCCUCAGCAAGCAAGGAUACAAAAGAUGUGACGGACAAGUUAGCUAACCUGACCACCGCUGAACCGCCCAAGCCCGUCAUCAUGGAGAUCGAGCUGAAGGAUCUCGCCGCUGUACUCAAGGACGAUGACGGGAAAAUCAAGAGCACGGGGAAAUGGCCCAUGAUCGUCGACGGCGGCGGGAGAGCGGCGGUGUUCCUUCGCUACCAAGGCGGGAAUUGUCUGGAUGCUAUAUCCCCGGCGGACAUGCAAGCAGAGUCGAUUAGGAAGCGUCUCAUUGGAUCUAUAAGAUAUGGCAAUAAUUUCACUCUUGACUUCGGAGAUUCGGAUAUGUUCAACUCGUGUAAAGAUAGAUUUGAUGAAAUCAACAAAGAUCUUAUGAAUGACGUCUUGGACAAAUCAAUACUUCAAAAGUACGAGUAUCUGAUCACCGACGAGGAUGGACCGGAUUACGAGAAGGACAAAUUCUUACCUCAUGUCACCUGCAAUUUCCAGUUCAUCAUCCUCUCGAAGAUAGACCCCGCCCAAGAACUCGGAAACAAGUUCUGCAUCAUUAAAAUCAAGGAGUAAAAAUGGGGGAGACGUUUGGGCGUCACUGGACUAUUUUGAAUGGGUGGUGUUAGAUCAUGGACUAGUCCAUGGUUAGACUGGGCUAUUUUUUAUAAGCAGUUGCAGCUAAUUGCAACUUAUUUGCAAUUGAUAUCAAUCGCAAUUCUGUACAUAAGAGAUAGAAAUCUGCAAGCUUUCGAUCGAUUCGGACCAGGUGAGAUACAAAUUAUCCCACGUGGGGAAAAGAGAGAGAUCUUUCAGUCUUGGAAUCAACCCUCCAUGCUACUAAAAAUGGAUGGAGUAUAAUAUCCAAUAACGAUCCAAAUUUGCUGACAUUUUUUCGUUUUUUAACAGUUUUGGUUCCCAACGCCAUCCUAGCGAAAAGCUAACGAUACGGCAGAUGUAUAUAUAAAAAA